UCCUUGGAUGGAGUGUUUUUCGCUUGAUGUUCGCCUCGCGCUGCCUUGGCUAUGACUGCGCUUCUGGGAGAUUUCAGAUCAGUCGUGGCACACUGACCCGCAGCGCUCUCUGAGACAUCAUGGCCCAGGCUGCUCAGAUGAAUGUCAUCGAGAUCAACAGCCCCAUUCGCGUUGAACACGACAAAAGACGACGCCAGUUCAGCAUCCGUUUCAACGGUUCUUAUGAUAGAGCUGUUCUGCUGUAUGAAUAUGUGGGGAAGAAGACGGUGGAUCUGCAACACACUGAGGUUCCCGAUGCUUACAGGGGGCGAGGAAUCGCCAAACACCUGGCCAAGGCAGCAAUGGAUUUUGUGGUUGAAGAAGACCUCAGGGCUCACUUGACCUGCUGGUACAUUCAAAAGGGAGUGAUGGCGGCGGCGGGCGAGUGUUACAUCGUGCACGAAAUCUACAAUGGUGAGAAUGCACAGGAGCAGUUUGAGUACGAGCUCGAGCAGGCGCUAGAGGCACAGUAUCCCUACAUCGUCAUCGAGCCGACACGCAUCGGAGACGAGACGGCGCGCUGGGUGGCCGUGGGGAACUGCCUGCACAAGACAGCUGUUUUAGCGGGCGCUGCGUGUCUUUUUACACCGCUGGCACUGCCCCCUGAUUAUUCUCGCUACGUAGCUCUGCCCGCUGGCGCCCUCAGCCUGGCCUGCGCCGCCCUUUACGGCAUCUCCUGGCAGUUCGACCCGUGCUGCAAGUACCAGGUGGAGUAUGACAGCAGGAAGCUCGCACGGCUGCCUCUGCACACGCUCACCUCGUCCACGCCCGUGGUGCUGGUGCGCCGCGACGACGUGCACAGAAAGAGACUGCACAACACGAUAGCGCUCGCCGCCCUGGCCUACUGCGCCAAGAAGAUCUAUGAACUGUACGCUGUAUGAACGUACAAACGCAUACGCACACACACAGAAACACCCACACACGUAUACUGAUGCAUCAUCUCUCACACACCUCACACACGUACACAUAUAUACACUUGCUGGGAGAGAGGUGAAAAGCACUACUAAAUACAAGACAGCAGACACAAAUGUGACAAAAAGCCAGCAGGCAGACGGAUGCAGGAACGGAGAGAGGGAGAGAGAGCGCGCACGAUCACCCAGGACGUGAAGAACCUAGCAGUGCUCUCUGUCCCUCUUUUUUCUCCCCGUCACAAUUUUCCCAUCUGUGCUCUUCAACGGAAUACCGGGCAGGAAAGGGACAACGAACGGAUGAGACGAUGCAAGCGGGAGGGAGGGUGGGGUUCUGUUUUAUUGGAGAAGUAAGAUUCUUCCCCUGUUUAUCUGCACUGUUAAGUGACAUCAGCAAUGCGCUUGACAACCUCCCCCAUCCCCCUCCCCUUUCUCUCCUUAUCUCUCGCGGAGCUCCUGCACCUGCGCAGCGACUGUCAGACCGCCAUCGUGCGCGUGGUGGACAAGCGAACACAGACAUGUUUUAAGUAUUACUUUGAAGCCCUCUCCCUCUACCCUACCCCUCCUCCCUGUGUAGUUUUACUGUACCCUGCCUUGGUGCAUCACCUUUUCAUUAAACAGUAGGAGAUUUAACCUCA